GCACUUUACGACAGCACAUUUUUGAUGGGCUUCAAUGCUUUUUUCUCCGCUGUUCCGAUCGUCGUUUACGGAAUUUGCGAGCAAAACUAUUCGUACAAGGAACUGCUGGACAAUCCGCGCUUGUAUCAAUUGUACAGGAAAAAUUAUUUACUGUCCGCCAAACAAUUCAUCGUAUGGAUGUUUAUAGCUUUCUGGCAAACAACGGUGAUUUACUUCAUUCCUUAUUUUUACUGGAAAAUCAAUCCAGUUAAUUUACUCGACAGUACACCAUCGGAUCACUGGUGUUUUUGUACCUGCAUAAUGCAUCUCGUCACAUUAGUUAUUAAUUUACAGCUAUUAGUAUUGAGUUCAUAUUGGACUUUUCCGUAUUUAUUGAGCAUAACGCUAACAGAAUUAUUCUUUGUCGGAUUCACAUUGGUAUAUAGCUUAUUUCACGUAUCGUUCGAUGGGAACAUGCUUGACGUAUUCCCGAGGCUACUGUUGUCCCCUUCGAUUUGGUUCCUGACACUGUUGGUAAUAAUUACCUGUUUGAUGCCUUCGGUUCUUUACACCAUUUACGAAAACGACAGACCCGCGAGGGUGCGAGGAAAGUUGGAAAGUCGGGAAAAGCACAUGAGCGAUAUCUUUUAUUCACCAGUACAACAAAUGUCCACUCAUCUGCCGGUAAAAGUUUUUCUCCUGAUGUUGAU